GAGCCGAUGAAAGAAACAGUAUUAUCAGGUCCCUCUACAAGGUGAUCUGACUCCUGAGUUAAAGUCUGCUAAAUCUCUCAUUAAUGCACAUUCAAAUGGAGGGUUUCAUACUUGUCUUGUGGAUGUUCGUGAAUGCGGUACAUGCAAACCCGAAUGCUUCUUGCUGGGCGAAAGAUGAUCGUCCAGACAUCGUCGUGGGUUUUGAUAUUGGGAUGACUCAUGGAGCAGCAACGGUAGCCUUCGGAAAUGGCUCUUUUAUGGAUAUCGUCCGUCUCGAGGCUGGACCUGCGUACCAAGCUUGUGUUUUGCAGAGGAUCCAAGUUGAGGGCCUGAAUCAAAGUAUGUCGAGAUAUACAGCUUUAUCAGACAAGAAUGAGCUACGAGUGAGAACACAAAAUUCGACAGCAAUCAGUAAUCUCACAGAACUCUGCGACGCCGAUUCCGCCCAACGAGAUCUUGAAGCUUUGAUACAGGGCAUGAAGACACAGACGGAAGGAUUACUUCAAGAACAAAUCAGCAACCUCACCGUUACCACCCCAGAUUUCCUACCUGAAGCAGUCAGAUUGGAGAUCAAGCUCGCUUUGGGCAAAGCAUCACUUCAUCUGUCUUCCUGUGGCGAUAUUGAAGACUCGAUCAUAGCAUCCACACUAGCAACAAGAUUAUCUCAACUCCCUUCCAGGGGAGGGAGAAAUAUAUCCGCUGCAGAAUGCCUUCUGGGUCCUUUCGGCGUCGAGGAAGUCAUUGCGGUGACUUAUACUGAAAGCAUCCUUGCGCUCUCUGUAUUUAAAUUGUACACUGGAAAAUAGAUCUGGAACGUGGAAGAGAUGAGGCAUUUUGUUGCCAUUGGGGAGUCUCAUGGAGACGUUUCUGGAGGAGAUAAAGACAGUGAAUAUUUGAGUUUCUGGGACGAAAUCAAUACCGAUAUGAGACAAACCGCGAAAA